GUUCCCCAAAAAAAUCAACGGUUCAACUCCUCCCCAAACGGCUUCAGCGCAAGCCAGCCCCAGAUCCCGAUUCCCAGCCCCACUGUUUCUCUCUCCUCGUAGCAGAAGCUGGCGGAGACCAAGAGCUUAACUGGUGGCUUCGUCGCAACAACGGAAGCCGGUGAUCACGACCAUCCACAGUCGCCGGCGGCAACGGAUAACGGGUGAAAGUUGGUUUCGAUUAGCUUUCCAACGGCUGAUCAUAAGCUCCUUUUGGGUACGAAACGAGAGAAUUUUUACGACAAGCUGUCUAGGAGCAGGGGUGUGUGGACGUACGGGUAGUGUGUGCGCCCACACAAAAUGCAGAAAGUGAGGCAGUAGCUAAGUCGACUCUCCCGCACGCGAGGGUUUGUCGGGUUUGCACAUGUUUUGAACCAGUUUACCCAGGGGUUGAAAGUCUGAGCAUGUUGAUUGGAUAUAUCUGUGAAAAUCAGGGCUUGUGCAAUUUCCAUUCUACAGCUUGGGCUUUUUCACAAUGAAAACUAUUUUCCGCAGUGGGCACCUAAGAAAACUGAGCAGUUUGAUGAGGCUUAUUGUAACUACUUUUGUGGGGAUUGUCUUUGGAUUCUUUUUAGGAGCAUCUUUUCCUACGCUCUCCUUGACAAAGAUGAACCUUCCAGCUCCUCUUUUACCUUCAAUUGAUCUAACUUACAUUGAAGACAAAUAUUCUGGCCUUUCAACACAAGCCCUGUUGAAUGUUUGGUCUACUUUAAAAGGGAGAAAGGUUGGCCCGACACAGGGUCAAAAUGACACAGAGGUUUGGUUACCGACAAAUCCAAGAGGUGCUGAAAGACUGCCCCCAGGAAUCGUUGUUUCCGAGACCGAUUUCUAUCAACGUAGGCUUUGGGGUCUGCCUGAGGAGGAUUUGACUAGUAAACCUAAAUACCUUGUUACUUUUACAGUCGGCUAUGAUCAAAGAGCUAAUGUAGAUGCAUGCAUCAAGAAGUUUUCAGAGAACUUUACCAUUAUCCUCUUUCAUUACGAUGGGAGGACAGAUGAAUGGAAUGAGUUUGAAUGGUCAAAGCGAGUUAUUCAUGUCAGUGCGCGUAAGCAAACAAAAUGGUGGUAUGCUAAAAGGUUUCUGCAUCCAGAUGUCGUAGCUGCUUAUGAUUACAUAUUUAUAUGGGAUGAAGACCUUGGGGUCGAACAUUUUGACGCUGAGAAAUACAUUGAAUUGGCGAAGAAGCAUGGAUUGGAGAUUUCACAGCCUGGGUUAGAGCCAGACAAAGGUCUGACAUGGCAAAUGACGAAGAAAAGAGGUGAUGGUGAGGUUCACAAAGUGACUGAAGAAAAGCCUGGAUGGUGCCCUAAUCCUGUGUUGCCACCUUGUGCUGCGUUCAUUGAAAUCAUGGCACCUGUAUUUUCAAGAAACGCGUGGCGCUGUGUUUGGCAUAUGAUUCAGAAUGAUUUGGUGCAUGGAUGGGGCCUUGACUUCGCUUUGCGGAAGUGUGUUGAGCCGGCCCAUGAGAAGAUUGGGGUCAUAGAUUCGCAGUGGAUAGUGCAUCAAGGGAUUCCAACCCUCGGUAACCAGGGUGAAGGCAAAAAUGGAAAGUCACCAUGGGUAGGGGUUAAGGAAAGGUGCAGAAGAGAAUGGACAAUGUUCCAAGAUCGUGUCGCUGUUGCUGAAAAAGAUUAUUACGAAUCAUUGGGGUACCCCAUCAAUAAUACAGCUCGCUAUCCUACACUGAUGUAGAUUUAACCGUUGCAUUUGGAAUUCAUUUGCCUUGCUCGGUCUCGUGUGAGAAGAGUGGUGGUUAGAUUUGUAGAGUUAUCUUUGCAAGUUUUUUAGGGCUUAACUUUUAGGGUGGUAAUUUUAGUCUCCAGGAAAGGGAAAAGGUCAAGGAACAAAGGGGUCUUUUGUGAAAAACUAGUUAGGCAAUAAUUAUUUAGUUGAGCCAAGAACACAUACAAAAGAAAUAGAGAAGAAAUGUUUAGGGAAUUAUAACCAUAUACGGAUAUACCCCCAUAAGGUUUUUGGUGUUUGGAUCCUCUAGAGUUGCUAAUGAAUUUUACAAUAUAAUUUUUUUUU